AUGAGCACAAAACCUACUCCACUAACUACAUUCAACAUAAACAACACAAAAACAUCUAACCUUCGUUUUAAUAUCGAUCAGCAAUGUCCAAUACAACAUGUUAUUGUUUAUAAUGACCGUGCUGAAGUUACACGUCAACUACGGCAUCAUUUCAAUGUUGAAGGUACUUAUGAUCUUGUAUUCGAAGGUUUUUCUCCAUUUGUUGAUCAUACAUCACUACAUGUUAGUGGAGGAACAGGCAAAACAUGUACUAUUCUUGAAGUUUCAUAUCAAACAUGUUAUGAAAAUAUAGUAUCACAAGCUGAUUUAACACGAUUAGAUCAACUAUAUAGUGAACUUGAGAAGAUUGAAGCUGUUUUUGCUGUCCAUCAACGAGAAAUCACACGUCUUGAUAAACAACGUGCAUGGCUUGAAGGACGAGCGUCGAAACUCAUGAAUCAAGACACACAACUCAAUGCUAAUGACCUUGAUGCAUUACAUGAAUUUAUGGAUUUUUAUCAUAAAGCUCUAGUAAAAUUAGAUGAUCGAAAAACAAACGAGGAAGAUGAAAUCAAAAAAUUAAAACAACAACGAGAUGAUUUACGUAUAAAAAUAGCUGAAUAUGGUGUUGAUGAUCAAUCAAAUCGUCGAAACGAACGUCGGGAAGUGACCAUAACAGUGCAUAUAGGUUGUACUAAUAUUGAUGUUAAUUUAGAGAUAUCCUAUUUGAUAAGUAAUUGCUCAUGGAGUGCUAGUUAUGAUGUUCGUGUCAAUACUACAGAUACAUCAAAACAAGCGACUCAAUUAACUUAUUAUGGUGUCGUCAUGAACAAAAGUGAAGAAAAUUGGUCAGACGUACAAUUAUCAUUGUCGACAGCAACUCCAUCUCUUGGAGGAAUACCACCAAAAUUACCUACACUAAAAAUUGACUAUUAUCAACCUUAUGAGAAGUAUCAUGAACUGUGUGAAGUAAAAGAUAAGAAAGACAAUACCUAUGGAGCCUCCUCACAACUUUUUUCAUUCAUUUCAUCAAGUCGACAAUCGAGAAAAUCUGAAGGAUUUGUUACUUCACGAGAACGAUCAUCUUUCAAUUCCAAUCAAAUCGUUGUAGAAGAUGAACCCGAAGCAAUAAAUAUAAUUAACGUUUUGUCGACUACAGCUGAAGCGAAUAUGUUAGGUGUUAAUUUUGUCAUUCCUCGAAGAUCAACUAUUGAUGCUGAUGGUAAGCCACACAAAGUAACAAUAGGUGUUCUUGAUCUUACUUCAACAUUUAUCUAUACAGUUGUACCAAAACUAUCCAUUCAUGCAUAUCUCAGAGCAUCAACAAUAAAUACAUCGAACAAAUUACUUCUAGCUGGGCCAGUAUCAGUUUUUAUGGAUAACAAUUUUAUUAGACAUAGUUCAAUUGAUAAUGUUUGUUUGGGAGAUAAAUUUGAACUUUCAUUAGGUACUGACACAAGUAUUAAAGUCGAAUAUAAACCUGUGAAGAAAAUUACUGAAACACAAGGUCUUAUUUCAAAAACAUAUUAUGAAAAUAUUCGUCGUGAAACACAUCUUAUCAAUACAAAAUCAAUUGAAGUUAUUGUUUAUGUUUAUGAACAAGUACCAUUUUCAUUAGAUGAAAAAAUUAAAGUGAAAUUACUUGUACCUGAUUUACGAAUAAAAGAACAAAAUUCAAAUUAUAUUGUAACAAUGAAUGGUUCAAAUAAUCUCGAAUGGAAAUGUGUAUUACAACCUAGAACUGAAUGUCGAUUACCACUUGAAUAUACAUUAGAAUGGCCAAAAGACAAAUGUAUUGAAUUCAAAGAAGAAUGA